GUCACCCAGCUCGGUGGAGUCGUCCACGUGCGGUGCGACGUAACGUAACUUUCCAGCUGCAGAGAUUUGAUUGAAGGACUUUAGGAGGUUAUUGGCGAUGACGUGACGAAGGUGAAAAGCGACGCUCCGGUGGCGGCUUUCCCGCUUGAAGUCGAGCAAGAUCUCUUUGAUUUCGAAAGACGGGCGGAAAUUUGUCCGUCGCGACGACGUUCUUCCCAUCUUGGCCCUCCUCAUCCUCGUGUGGUUCUUGUUCUCGUCGCCGAGAUGCCGUCCCGUCAGGAAGAAGCAAACGAUCUUAAAGAUAACAAGGUCAUUUUCGGAAAGCCAUCAUGGCCACUGAGAAGCGACUUUCUGCCAGACGCAAGCACACCCUGAAGAGUUGCAUGCUGGUGGUGGCCACCAACCUGCUGGAGGCCGAAGCUGUCGAGAAGGCCGAAGAGCGAGAGAGGUUCCUGUCGGAAAAAUGUCCUCCCGUGGACGUCCCGUACUCGGGCGACGAGCUGCGGGAACUCUGCAAGAAUCUGCGCGAGCAGAUUGACAUCAGCGAGGAGGAACGCUACUGCAUCGAGUUCAAGCUCAACAUGGUCCUCAACGAGGUCCGAGACCUGAACAUCAAGAUCGUGGACCUGAGGGGCAAGUUCAAGAGACCCCGUCUGAAGAAGGUUCGCAUGUCGGCCGACGCCAUGCUCAAAGCGCUGCUGGGCUCCAAGCACACCGUCAACAUGGACCUCCGGGCCAACCUCAAGCAGGUCAAGAAGGAGGUCAAGGAGGAGGACAAGCAGCUCCGCGACGUUGGCGACUGGCGGAAGAACAUCGAGGACAAGUCAGACAGGAAGAAGAUGUUUGACAGCUAAUCGCAGAGACCAGACACCGUCGGGCUUGACUUUGGGCUCCAAAUGUUCACCUCGAAAGUCCAAAGCCCCGCAAGUCACUGCAAAGUUCUCGAUCGGCGCUUUGUAAAGCUGGGACGGAAGACGGGAACUUCCACGAAAUGCUCUUUUUGGGUGCUAGCUCGCGAGCGCGAUUUGUUUUUCUUUGGAAUAAAACUCUUGUGCUUG